AGUUACUUCUAAUGUCAGUACCCAGCUUGAAAAAGCUUAUCAAAAUGCUGCUGCACUGUUCGUGGUUUUGAAGGCCGUCAGUCGAGCAGAAUCUAUCAAGGUGGCAGAUGAGGUAAUUGCUGGAUAUUUCUCUUCCUUCAUAAAAUUCAUUUGUUGAUUACAUAUACUUAAUGCAAUUUUUUUUAUAAUUAUGAUUGUAUAUGUGUGCAUAGAUAUUGAAAGCACAUGCACACGUUGUGGAGAAGACAGAAAUGUAUACUCAUAAUAUAAUUUCACUGGACACUAAAACUUCAGAUCAAGCGCUACCUAGACAACCAAAGAUAAAGCAGCUAGACCACCUCAAAAUCCCCCUACAAGUAAUUAAAAAUUGUACACAAGACUUCGACGAAAGAAACUUCAUUGGGAAGGGUGGAUAUGGAAGGGUCUACACAGGGAUUCUCUCCUGGGUGGAUUGUAUAAACCAGCUAGUUGCUGUAAAACGGCUAGAUGUCACUGGAUUUCAAGGUAACAAGGAGUUCCUCACUGAGGUCACAAUGCUUUCACAGUAUCAACACGAGAACAUUGUAACCCUUAUAGGGUUUUGUAAUGAUAACAAUGAGAUGAUUCUUGUGUAUGAAUACGCAAACAAUGGAAGCCUUGACACAUAUUUACGUGACACUACUAUAUCGGGUGGACUUCCAUGGCGACAACUCCUCAAAAUCAGCAUUGGUGUUGCUUCAGCGUUGGAUUAUCUUCAUAACCAUGUGGCAGAAAAGCACAGAAUAAUACAUCGUGAUGUAAAAAGUGCCAACAUUUUGUUAGAUGAGAAUUGGAACGCAAAACUUUCAGAUUUUGGUAUGUCGAGGAUAGGUCUAGCAAAUCAACAAAACACCUUUGUGAUCACUAAUCUUGCUGGCACACAUGGUUAUUGUGACCCACAAUACGAAAGAACUGGUUUUUUAACAAAAGAAUCAGAUGUUUAUUCGUUUGGUGUGGUGUUGUUUGAAGUUUUAUGUGGAAGGCUGGCGUGUGUUUAUAAUUAUAACGACGAGCGACGAUUCCUCCAUCAUUUGGCUCGGUCCUGCUACAAAAAUGGAGAGCUAGACAAAAUUAUUGAUCAUGGAUUUAGGAAAGAUAUCAAACCAAGAACAUUGUUCAAGUUUUCAACUAUUGCAUAUCGAUGCUUGCAGGAGACUCGGGAAGCACGACCUACUAUUACUGAGGUUGCAUUCCAACUUAAGGAUGCCAUGAAAAUUCAAUUACAAGAUGAGAUCUUCCUAGAUUAGUUUCUCUUGCAGACAUCACCACCUCCUUCUGAGCAUUGGAACAUGGUGUGUAACUCUCGUGAUCACAUGCUCAAUGCACACCUUCUUGAUUUUAUUCAUAUCAACUUUUAUGCAUAUCUUUUGUUUGGUUUUCUUCUUGUAUCACUUUUGUGUACGGUUUCCUCAUUAUUGAAACUUGGUAGUGUUUUUUUAGGUACAAACUAGUUACAUGUGUUAUAUUAAUGAUGUACUUAUUUGU